AUGGCCAGUGAAGGCUCCAGUAGCAUCUCCAGCCCUGUGGUGCGACAGAUCGACCAGCAGUGCCUGCAGAACUACAUCCCCGCUCACAGCCUGACGCUGUCGUGCCCCGUGUGCUGUCAGACAUCUAUCCUGCCAGAGAAAGGCGUGGCGGCGCUGCAGAGCAACUUCUUCAUAACCAACCUGAUGGAUGUGCUGCACUGGCCCCCCAGAGACAGCUGCAGCCAGGAGAGCGCAGUGUUGGAGACCAUCAACUCUAUGGUCACGGGACAACCGCUCUCUUGCCCCAACCACGUGGUGGAGUUCCACUGUCCACCGUGUGAGACAGCCAUGUGCCAGGAGCGUACGAGCGCCGAGCACUCCACUGUGCCCCUCAAAGAUGUGGUCGAGCAGCACAAGGCCUCGCUGCAGGACCAGCUUGAUGCCGUCAAAAACCGGCUGCCUGAAAUCGACUCAGCUCUGCAGGUGCAGUCGGAUAUCCUGCAGCAGCUGACCAAUCAGAAGAGCUCCAUCGAGGGGGACAUCCACACCACGUUCGACGAGUGGCAGAAUACCCUGAACGUCCGCAAGAGUGUCCUACUCAUGGAGCUUGAGGUCAACUACGUUCUCAAGCAGAAGGUGCUCCAAGCCCAGCUGGACUCGUUAUUCCAGGGCCAGGAUGGCAUCAACAGCAGCUGCAACUUCACCGAGCAGGCCCUGAGCCACGGCACCGAGGCCGAGGUCAUGCUCGUCAAGAAGCAGAUGAGCGAGCGGCUCAGUGAGCUGGCCAGCCAAGGGCUCCCCCUCCAGCCUGGUGAGAAUGACCAGCUGGGCUUCCUGGUGGAGACAGAGGGCCUCAAGACGUCCAUCCACAACCUGGGUACUAUAGUUACCACAAAUGCCGUGGCGUCCGAGACGGUGGCCACAGGCGAGGGCCUGAGGCAGUGCGUAGCGGGCCUGCCCACCUCUGUCACCAUCACGACCAAGGACAAGGACGGUGAGCUGUGUAAGAUGGGGAAAGCCAACAUCACGGCGGAGAUCGCCAUGCCGGACGGUAGCGUGGGCGACGGCGAGAUACUGGACAACAAGAACGGGACGUACGAGUAUCUGUACACGGCGCCGAAAGAGGGCAGUUUGAAGCUAUCGCUGCGUCUGUACGACCAGCAUAUUAAGGGGAGUCCAUUUAAGAUUAAAGCGACAAAGUCGGCCGAUGUGUCGCCCAGUACGGAGAGCGCUAAGAAGAGGUUGAAGUCGCCCGGGAGUAGCCACAUCAAGCAGAAGGCCAUCAAGAGGCCAGCCAGUAUGUACAGCACGGGGAAGAGGAAAGAGAACCCCAUCGAAGAUGACCAAAUUUUUCAGGAUCUGUAAUGGUUGCCUUAUCAUUGGUGUUUAACACAUUUAAAAGGAACAGUUCACCUAAAACAUUUAAAAGGAUAGUUCACCUAUGGUCUGGCGGACUCA